ACAGGCUGCAGAGAGCAUCAUCUGUUGCACCCAAGAGCAUGAGGCCGCCCUAGAAGGUGAGUAUGUGAACCUUGGAGUCCCCUACCUCGUUCUAGACCAAACCGCUCAACGACAUGUAGAACCGGGGUAUCUCUGUCGCCAUAAUCCUUGAAGAGAAAGGAGAUGCGAGGCAAAGACGGGGUUGUGUCGGGGAUCUGGUCGCCUGUCGACUCAGCUCGUCAAUCUGCCUUUGCAUACCGGCCAUCAAUACCUCCUGCGCGGUGGGGACAGGAGCAACGGAAAUUGCCUGGGCGUGGUGUGGUUGUCGUUCCUUCCCAUGUUUUAGAAACGGCGGCCCACGUGGUUUACCGUGGGAGUAGGAUCCGUUGCAUGGGUGAUGUCGUGAUGGAUCACCGGGGUUCGAUCUUGUCGUCCCCGAGCGGCCCCGUCCUCCUCGCCCACGAAACCCCGACGAUCCGCCUAUCCGCGUGUUGACUGAUGUACGCGAUGUGUCGGUGUCCCCCCGUAUCAUCCCCAAAGGAUUGCAUUUGUUGAAUGGGAGACCAGGGAGUAUGUUCGGUUUCUGCAGUGUAAAAUGCUCGUUCGUCUUCCUCUCAAUCCGCCAUGCGUCACAUGGCAUCUGCCAGCUGCCUCAUGAGCCGGGGAUCCCUCCAGGCUUCGAGAGGGAUCAUGUGAGUGAUAUCUUUGUGGUUGCUCUGAUGCGACCAUUUAGUGUCGGACGGCUCCGUCGAGGCUAAGGUUCGUGACCUUAUGUUGUCUGCCAAAUGUUCGGACAGGUCCUGGCUAUGCUAGGAUGACAGUGUGGGCAUUUUGCUGGUCGAGAUGUUUGAAAAUGAGCAUCUUAGCAUGAGAGCCUGCUCGGAAAAUUUUUGUUUAGUUUCCCAGAGAUAGCGCUAGUGUUGAGGUUUAUUCCUUCGAGUCCAAGAACUCAACACCUUCCCUAGGGCUUUCGUUGGAAUGAUAGUGAUUAUGUGAGUAUAAAGACAAGUAUUUAGAAUUUUGUAAUUUUGCUUGUGUUUAUGACAAUUGCCAACAUAUUUAUAGUCAAUCAAACAUCUUGUGAUUGGGUGACAUUAAGAGGAAGUCACAAAUUCAAAAUCUAUCCAUUUCAAAAAUGUUGGCAUUUUAGGUUGAACCAAUACUAUACGAGAAUAUGAAAUACACAAAAAAAAACAUCCUUAUAUUCAUCAGGAAUAGUAUUUAUUUGGGACUUGCAAGUUCGCGCGCCGUACGACUACGUUUUUCGGUAACAUAUCCUUCAAUUUGAGCUCUGACAGGGUCCGACGUUCGUCGCUCUCUCUCUCUCUUUUCAGUCUUUAUUUUUCAUCAUCGUCACCAAUUUGCACGAGUCUGCUGAUCGCCGUAAACCAGCUCUCCACUGACCACCGCCCGCACAUAUUUCCACUGGAGGCUAGUGUUCAUAACCCAGUUAUUUUGCCAGACAAUUAUCUCCCUGCACUCCACCAAACCGCUCUGAGGUAAGCGAUUCACACAUCGCAGGUUCGGCGUCUCCUCACUGCUUUUGACUCUUCUGGUUAUGUGAAGAUAUUUUGUUCCUUCUUAAAUGUCACCAUACGCGGAGAAAUGUUUAGGAUCGUAGUGUCUUAGGCAAAACAGCUAGAGCUAGGGUUUAGAGUCGGGACUCAUAAUGUUAAACAAGAUCAUAAAGAGGGGGAAUCGGAAGGCGCAAAAAUCCAUCGGAGGGGAUUUCAAGUACGGACCUCAGCAGGUUACCGCGUCCAAUGUGGUGGUGAACCAUGCUUCCAGGGGCGGCUUGCAGGUAGAUUCAACACAGUCGCACUUGUUUACUAUGGUGCCGCCAGUUCUGGUCCCAGGAACUAUUGAGAACCUUCCUGUAUUCCGAGAUGUGCCGGUGUCGGAGCGCCAGAACAUGUUUCUGAAGAAGCUUCAGAUCUGCUGCUUCCAGUUUGAUUUCACAGAUGCAAUGAGGAUGGUGAGAGAGAAGGAGAUCAAGAGGCAGUCCCUUGUGGAGCUUGUAGAUUUCAUUCAAUCCGGAUCUGGAAAAAUCACUGAGAGCAAUCAGGAAGAAAUGAUAAGGAUGAUAUCCAUCAACAUAUUCCGGUGCUUGCCUCCGAACUCACACGAGAAUACAGGAUCAGACAACACUGACCCUGAAGAGGAGGAGCCCUUUCUAGAGCCCUCAUGGCCGCAUUUGCAGCUCGUCUAUGAGCUUCUUCUGCGCUACAUUGUCUCAUCCGACACAGAUACAAAGAUAGCUAAACGGUUUAUUGAUCACUCAUUUGUGUUGAAGUUAUUGGAUUUGUUUGGUUCUGAGGACCCAAGGGAAAGAGAGUAUUUGAAAACAAUUCUUCACCGAAUAUACGGAAAGUUCAUGGUGCACCGGCCAUUUAUAAGGAAGGCAAUCGGCAACGUCUUUUAUGGAUUUAUAUAUGAAACAGAGAGACACAGCGGGAUAGGUGAGCUUUUGGAGAUUCUGGGAAGUAUAAUAAAUGGGUUUGCAUUGCCAAUGAAAGAGGAACAUAAGUUGUUUCUCGUUCGUGUACUCAUCCCACUCCACAAGCCAAAAUCAAUAACAUUGUAUCAUCAGCAGCUGUCGUACUGCAUUUUUCAGUUUGUGGAGAAGGACUACAAGUUGGCUGAUACGGUUAUAAGAGGUCUUCUGAAAUACUGGCCUGUUACUAAUUGCCAAAAAGAGGUUCUCUUCCUUGGGGAGCUUGAAGAAGUUUUGGAAGCCACACAACCAUCUGAGUUUCAGCGUUGCAUUGCUCCUCUAUUUAGACAGAUAGCUCGUUGCCUGAACAGCCCCCACUUUCAGGUUGCAGAACGAGCUCUGUUUUUAUGGAACAACGAACACAUUGUAAGCUUGAUUGCCCAGAGCAGAAAUGCCAUUUUACCCAUUAUUUUCGAGGCUCUUGAAAAGAACAUACAGUUUCAUUGGAAUCAAGCGGUCAAUGGGCUGACUGUGAAUGUAAGGAAGAUGUUCAUGGAGAUGGAUGCUGAUUUGUUUGAGGAGUGCCAAACACUGUACGCAGAGAGAGUGGGCCGGGCCACGGAAAUGGCAGAACAGAGACAAUACAAAUGGCAGAGAUUAGCAGCUGCUGCAGGGGAAGAGGGGUGAGAGAUAUUAAGUUUGUCAUUGGAACAUCAUCAUCAUUAUCGUUGUACUCACAACUGCUCUCAGUAUGUAUGCAUGUAUUUAUUUUUAUCAUAACUGUGAUAACAUGUACUCGGUAUCAAUUUAAGAACGUGGCUUGUGAAAGUUAUCUGAGUGCAUUUUGUCAUAUACACUUUUCUUGAGAGAAAUUGUUUCUGAUACUGAAGAAAGCCUAGCUACUGCCUACUACUUAUAGAUUAUAAAUCCGGUUUAAAGCACUUCUCUUGUGAUUUUCCUUUUUUUUCAGAACUGUAAGGAUUGUUUUCAAUCCUCUUAUGUUUUGUACUCUGAGAACUGUAGUUUACUCUUCACUCUUGUGGGGAAAUGCUUCUUUGUACAGUUUUGGGAUUCCGUUACAUUUUUAUCAUUUUUGGAGAUAUUCUCAAA